UGUGACAUUUUUGAUAAAUAAACUGUCGGGAUUACACGUGUUGAUUGUUUAUCCAAUUAAUUUUUUUAUUUUAUACAAAAUGGGUAAAAAUAAGAAAACACGAAAAGUUGUGAUGCAAAGAUUCGCGCAAAUGAAAAAAAUGAUAAGUUUAAGUGAUUCAAGAAUAAAAGAAGAAAAAAGAGCAGCGCCGAAAAAAGCAAAAAAAGAGGAUCCGACUGCUUUGAAAAUUAAAGAAGUCCCUCAAAUAUCAUCUGCGCUAUUUUUUGAAUACAACACACAACUGGGACCUCCGUACCGCAUACUGAUAGAUACGAAUUUCAUAAAUUUUUCGGUUAAAAAUAAACUAGAUAUAAUUGAAAACAUGAUGGGAUGUCUGUACGCAAAGUGCAUUCCCUAUGUGACAGAUUGUGUGGUCGGGGAGUUGGAAAAACUGGGCCGGAAGUACAGUAUCGCGUUGAGACUGAUCAAGGACCCGCGAUUCGAAAGACUCCCAUGUACUCACAAGGGCACGUACGCCGAUGACUGUAUAGUCCAGAGGGUCACGCAGCACAAGUGCUACAUCGUCGCCACAAACGACAAGGACUUGAAGCGGAGGAUCAGAAAAAUUCCCGGUGUGCCCAUCAUGUAUGUCGCCCAACAUCGUUACACUAUUGAACGCAUGCCGGAUGCCUAUGGCGCUCCAAGGACAUAAUUGUUAUAUAGAUAUAUAUAUUUUUUAAUUUCAUUUAUUUGUAUACCUAGUUUUGUAAUUAAAAUACAAUUAUUAUUAUUA